GCCCUGAAAUUCGGACCCUCCCGCCUCCACCUCCUAGGUGCUGGGUUGGUGGCAUGCACCAUGUCCAGUUUAUGAGCACAGGGGAGGAAACCCUGGGCUUGGUGCCUAUGAGACAAGCACGCUACCACCUGAGCUGCAUCCUCAGCCCCUAUCUGACUCUAUUUAAGCUGGCAGACCAAGAGGCCAAGAAAGAGGAGCUCUAAGAGGUGGUUGGGAUAACCAGUAGCUUAGCCUGAAGAACUAGGCAUGCUGAUGUCCAGUGGUGGCAAGGAAGAGUGUGGCUGAAACUCAUAGGAGCUGUAGGGAUGUUUGUCUGUGCUUCCGUGUCCGUAAAGAAGGAUUAACAGGCAACUGUGGCAGAUAAGGAGUCGGACUCUGCAUCUGGUCCUGGUGUGAUGACAGCGUUUGGUGGUGAAGUCUCCUGGAGCUGGCAGCAGGAACCUCUGCCGAGAAUUAUCUAAUGCCUGUGCACACUGAGGCUGUUGUCCAUUGCUAAUCUCAGUGUGGACUUAGUCUCUUAUGCUCUGAUAAUUGUCUCAGAGUCCCAGGCAAAACCUCAAAGAGCUCAGCGGCCUAAAAAAAUAAAAGUCCCAUAGUGGGUCCAGAUUGAUGAUGUGUCGAGGGAAGUUUGGUCUUUCUGCACCCCAGACUCUGACUAUUGCCAGCAUGGAAAGCUAGAAUCACCUCGGCCCACCAGGCAAGGGCUAGCAAUUGCCGCCUAGCCAAGGAGAUGUUUGGAAGUUACCAGGACGCAGGAAGGGUCUAGGGUGACCUCCAGCAUGCUUGAGAGCCAAGGGUGCUUCAGUCUUAGCCUCUGAGUCCUCGGCACUAGGAACAGUACCCCUGGCUCCUGCCUCAUGGUCCAGGCUCCUCAGGGCAGCCUGCAGGUUGCUUUCCCCUUUUGCCUUUGCCGAGACCUGGAUGGUCAUGCAAAGCAAGCUUGGCAACCCCUGCGAGCUCAGGAGACAGCCCCAGGAGCCAGUAAGAAGGAAGGCUCCUCCACAUGGGGCUGCUUGAGCCUAGUUGCUGCUCUGCAGGCAGUCAGGAGUGGGAGCUGCAGCCGGGACCGAAGAGGUUAACGUGCAUCUGCCUCCGAAUGUUAAUGUGUCUAGGUGAUGUCAGUAGGAGCUGGGAAGGAGGGAGUGGGGCGAGCAGUUGGGCUCAGAGGCAGCAGAGGCUGCCAGGCGCUAGAGGAAGACCCUUUUCUCGACUGCAGGGCUGGCUCACGCUUGGGACAAGGCGGUGGCAGGCACUGGAGGCUGCCGCAGCCUGCGUGGGUGGACGGGCUCUCAACUCCAGGGAGCAGGCGACCUGCACCGGCUGCAUGGAUCUGCAAGCCUCGUUGCUGUCCACUGGCCCCAACGCCAGCAACAGCUCCGAUGGCCAGGAUAAUCUCACGUUGGCCGGGUCACCUCCUCGAAAAGGGAGUGUCUCCUACAUCAACAUCAUUAUGCCUUCGGUGUUUGGCACCAUCUGUCUCCUGGGCAUUGUGGGAAACUCCACAGUCAUCUUCGCCGUGGUGAAAAAAUCCAAGCUACACUGGUGCAGCAACGUCCCGGACAUCUUCAUCAUUAACCUCUCGGUGGUGGAUCUGCUCUUCCUCCUGGGCAUGCCUUUCAUGAUCCACCAGCUCAUGGGCAAUGGGGUCUGGCACUUUGGGGAAACCAUGUGCACCCUCAUCACCGCCAUGGAUGCCAAUAGUCAGUUCACCAGCACCUACAUCCUGACUGCUAUGGCCAUUGAUCGCUACUUGGCCACCGUCCACCCCAUCUCCUCCACCAAAUUCCGAAAGCCCUCUAUGGCCACCCUUGUGAUCUGCCUCCUGUGGGCUCUCUCUUUCAUCAGCAUCACCCCCGUGUGGCUCUAUGCCAGGCUCAUCCCCUUCCCAGGGGGUGCUGUGGGCUGUGGCAUCCGCCUGCCGAACCCGGACACUGACCUCUACUGGUUCACUCUAUACCAGUUUUUCCUGGCCUUCGCCCUGCCCUUUGUGGUCAUCACUGCUGCAUACGUGAAGAUACUGCAGCGUAUGACCUCUUCAGUGGCCCCAGCCUCUCAACGCAGCAUCCGGCUUCGGACAAAGAGGGUGACUCGCACAGCCAUCGCCAUCUGCCUGGUGUUCUUUGUGUGCUGGGCACCCUACUACGUGCUGCAGCUGACCCAGCUCUCCAUCAGCCGCCCCACUCUCACGUUUGUCUACUUGUACAAUGCGGCCAUCAGCUUGGGCUACGCCAACAGCUGCCUCAAUCCCUUUGUGUACAUAGUACUCUGCGAGACCUUUCGGAAACGCUUGGUCUUGUCCGUGAAGCCCGCGGCCCAGGGGCAGCUUCGUACAGUCAGCAAUGCUCAGACAGCUGAUGAGGACAGGACAGAGAGCAAAGGCACCUGACACUUCCCCUGCCACCUCCAAGGCAGGUCACCACACCAAACCUUGGGGAGAGAGACUAAGAUAAAUCCAAGGCUACCCUGGGAGAAGGCAGGGAGGCUGGAGGCUGAGGGCUUGUAGCUACCACAUUCCACAGGGCUCAUAAAUUGCUAGGGAGGCUUGCAGCCAGGUUUUGGUGGGGAGCUUCAAACCUCAGAAAUCCCCUUGGCAGAGCGAGAAGAAAAUGGUGAUUUGACUGGUCCACAGGGGGCUCUAUCUGUUAGCUCACAGACAUCUUUUUCCCAAGGGAAGAGGUUGAAGGUGCCUAGCUGCAAUCAGGCAGGUCUAGGAGACGGACAGGGGUCAUACUGUGAGAUUGUUCAAGCUGAGCCUUCCCUCCCAUCUCUCACUGGUGUGAAAAAGGCAGCCUUUCUUCUAAGCUGCUGAUCAUCUGUGAAGCAUGCGGCCUCAGCUCCAGCAUCCCGUGUGGGUUUCACUCUCUGUGUAGGGGAUGCAUGUUUACACUGGGGUGGGGCUCUGAGCCCACAGGAGUUUAAAAAUCAAAAGAGUCCAAUGUGUUGGAAGAUCCAAUAACUGAGACUUGAUGAAGUGACUUGGGAUGAUGUGGAUCUCGAAUAAAAAUGAGGGUAAGGGGCUUUGGCAGUGACAGGGACAUUCUCUUUCCAGGGCACAGUCCGUGGCUGAUCCAGAGUUAGCAUCCAUGUGUUCUGCAUGUGCAGGGGGUCACUCCAGUGCCUGAUGUCGACGUCAUCUUAGUGCUUGUGCCUCUCACUCCCAAAUCAACACGAAAUAAAGGCAAAUCUCGACUCACAUCAUUCUGGAGACUCCUGCGUAAUUGCUUGGGCUUUGGGGGUGGGGUGAGUCCUUUACAAGGAAAUAGGGGUCAUUUGAUUACAGUAUUCGGAUAUUGUUUGGGA